UCCCACUGUUGAAACACUCCCCCAGCGCCCAACACCAUCGCGUCAUUCAUAAACCCUCCGUUCCCCCCCCCAUCCUCCCCCCCUCCCAAAGAGGAGAGAGAAAGAGAGAGAGAACGAAACCGCGAAGCCUUCUUGGUCCUGCUAUCGCCUGCUUAUAUCCGCCCGUCCAGCCAAUCCCUCCAAUUCACCAAUUGAUUUGAUCCGCUUCGCCCUCUUCUACUAAACUCCGCUGCCUACCUGCUUCCAAUUCCCUCCCGUGACUAAUCCCUCUUCACGCCCUUCGCCAUUCACCAACCAGCAUUCGGACAAUUGAUAUUUCGUCCGUCCCCUCCCCCCGACAAAAACCAUUUAUUCGAUUCCCUUGGGUUCCACGGAUACGGCCCGGCCUACCUAUAUAAGUCGUGUUCGCCCCCUCAGCCUUCACAGUCAUACUCUACCCAACAACUUCGCUGCUGCCUACUGGACCACCGACCCUCGCACUGCGGCUUAUAUAGAACGCAGCCUCCCACCUCACCUCGCCUUUACAGCGCAGGCACCCCACUUCACAAUCCAACCGCCAUGGAAGCAAACUUCAAGUCCACCCCCAGUCAAAGACUCACCGUUUCCUCCCUCCUCUCCCCUCCCGAAAUGAAGAGGUCAGAGUCAUUUGGCUCCGUUGCCGCCCAUUCUCAAGCCAGAUCCUCCUUCUCCUCCUUCAAUUCCGAAGCCCCGAAACCCCCCAUGGCUGCCUUGUUCGCCCCAACAUCUUCAACCCCCAACCGUGCCGCCUACGCUUCCCCACCAAUCUCGCCAUACGACUCCCAAGCCACCAAGGAAAACGUCGAUUGCGCCGACGAGGAGGGUGUAAGGGAUCCCCAACUCUUUGUCCGCAGUGACCCUGCCAGCACCAUCUCGCUCGACCAGCCGCUGUUCCCUCAGGAGCCCGUCGACCGCGCCGCCCAAGACGCCAUCAACAACCACAUGAAGUCAUCCGACUUUGCCAAUUUGCCCAGCAAACCGGCUCGCGAGGAUUACGAGUUGGCCGUGUCCUUUGUUUCCACCGUCUACAAAUCGUACAACAAGAACCCCCGUGCCUGGUGGGCUCAAGAGCGGGAGUUUGAGCAGCGGUACAGCCGCCCCACAGGCGUCCAGAAGAGACCGGCACUGAAGAAGUUGGCACCCGCUCCGUCGUCCAAACAGAAGAUUGCCCUUCCUAAGCUCACCCGCCCUCCUCGCGCUCCGAAGCGUACUCCCGUCACUCAAGUCUAUGACUCGUUUGACCACACCCCCGCAUCUUCGUCGCCUAAGCCUCCGCGCCCAGCCACCAAUCGCGAUGACACCGAUUACAACUCGCUCCCCGACUAUUCGCCACCUCUCGACACGCUGCCCAAGGGCAACAACAAAGUUCUCAAGGCCGAUUGGAAAGGUCAGAUGCUCGAUCUCUCCAAGGAUCCAGACCACCACAUGCUGCACGAGGCUGAAGUCAACCUUGCAUCGACACUUCGCCUGUCAUGUGCAACCUACCUCUGCAGCAAGCGACGCAUCUUCCAGGCCCGAAUUGACGCUUUGAAGAUUGGCAAGGAGUUUCGCAAGACGGACGCUCAGCAAGCCUGCAAGAUCGACGUCAACAAGGCCAGCAAAUUGUGGCAAGCCUACGACAAGGUUGGCUGGUUCAAGGCCGACUAUUUCAGACAAUAUGUCUAA